AUGUCAAACCACAAUAGUAGUCAUCACGACGAGGAAGCUACCGACGAUGGCACAAUCCCAUUGACACAGCAUCGUUUGGCAUUAGAAUUGCAAAGUCAUCCAGUGAGAGGAAGAGGUGUGUUUACCAGAGAGCCGAUAGAUCGCAAUGUGUUGGUUGAGAUAUCGCCUAUACUGCUGUUCAAUGCCGAGGAAUAUAAGAAUUACGGGAAAUACACCGUGCUGGAUCAAUACACUUACUGCUGGCAAGGUGGUUUUGCAUUAGCACUUGGAUUAGGUUCCAUGUUCAAUCACAACAGUACACCGAACGUUGGUUUUAUUCGAGAUAUACCCAAUAAACUGAUCCGCUAUGUAACAUUACGACGCAUUGAAAAAGACGAAGAGCUCUGCAUUUCAUACGGAAACCAUCUCUGGUUUGAAGAUGAAUCAAAUGCUGCUGCUGCAACUGUUGCAGUGUCCGAUUCAGAGGACGAGCCAUUUCCAUUUCAAGAUUCCAGUGAAGACGAAGAGCAUUUAUAG